ACGUCAGUACAGAAACAGUUCAGCCAGUUUGGAGAGGAGGAAGCAGGGCUUCCCUGUGUACCGAAACCUGGACGUCCACGCAGAAGACACCCCCCGGCUCCUGCAGGAAGCACCAGACGAGCCGGACACUCAACCCCAGCCUCCGCCCCCAGCAGUUGCCGCCGUUCCGGGGUCACUUCACGCGGCUUGCCGAGCGUCAUUUAGCGGCGAGAAACACCGGAUACGAGCUCUGCUGCCGGGACCGAGACUUCCGUUAAGGAGCCCGGCGGGGGAAAAUCGUUCCAGUCGAUAUUUCUAGAGGCUGGCAUGUAGCAGCCCCGUGUGCAGGCUGCAGGGCUCUCUGUAAUGAAGAGGCAAGCCAAGAAGGUGCUGGAGGAGGAGGCGGCCUUGUGCUGCUGCGAAUACAUGAACAGACACGGACAGCGCAGCCAUGUAGCAGCCUGCUGCUGUGACUGUGAGGACCUGGAUGACGCCUGUGACAGGUUUCUGAAGAGGGAACCUCAGAAGCCUGAAUCCCUGUCACAGGUGGCUGCAGUCGUCACAGAUCGGAUUCGUGUGCCGUGGCUGUGGGGUGGAGCUCGCAAGGUGGACCUGUCCAUCAUUCCUCCUCUUCUUCUCCUUCCUGCCCUGCUGCACCUUGCUGCUCUCCACUUCCUGAUCGGGAUGGUGGUUCUGACAGCUCUGCCGGGCUUAGUGCUGUGGUACUACUAUUUCACCCACCGUAAGAAAGGACGGACCCUCUUCUUCCUCAGCCUGGCCCUUUUCUCCUUGGCGUACAUGUACUACUUGUUCAUCACUGAGGUGUUUCCACGUGGGGAUGUUGGACUGCUUCAGCUAGCGCUGGUAAGCGUCGGGGUCGUCCUCACCCUGCUGGCUCUUUUCCACACCAAGAGAGAUCCGGGCAUCCUGCGCCCGGACGAAGAGUCCGUUCACAGCAAGGUGGCGUAUUACAGCUCCCCCACGGGCAGAAACCCUUCCCUCAGUGGUGGGAGGCAGGAUGUGAUGAUGACUGUAGCCAACCGGGCUGGGGUGUCGGAGCAAGUGGAGGAGGAAAUGAAGGAAAGCAACCGAAAGAACUGGUGUCAGGCGUGCAGGGUGGUGCGGCCCCCCAGGGCGGGGCAUUGUCGCAUCUGUGGUGUCUGCGUGCUGCGUCUCGACCACCACUGUGUCUGUGUAACCCUGGAGUCUCAGUACAAUGUUUUGUCUGCUUGUGUGUGUACUCGUGCGUUUGUGCGUCCCCUCCUGUCUGUGUCGGGGCAGGAUAAACAGCUGUGUGGGGCAGGCCAAUCACCGCAGCUUUCUGCUCACGCUCGUCCUCUUCCUGUUGACGUCCCUGUACGGAAUCAGCCUGGUGCUGCAGAGUGUGUGUCCACGGCAAAAUCUCCUCUUCGCCUUACUCUACUGUCCAGGAGUCUACAACCAGUACAGCACUGCUCUUUGCUUCACCUGUGCGUGGUACAGCAGCAUCGUGACGGGCGGGCUGCUUCACCUGCUGGCGAUACAGCUCAUCAACGUCAGCUACAACGUGACCGAGCGCGAAGCCCGCAUCGCCCUGCGAGAGAAAACCGCUCGCAGUGCCUACUGGGGACUCGUCGUGGACACUGGCGCCUAUUCCCGAGGUUUCCGUGGCAACUGGUCUGAGUUCAUGAGCAUGGGAGACAAAGUGAUUCCCUCCUCUCCCACUGACUUGGUGUGAGAGACUUGUGAUGCAAUGCUGUUUAAAGUUUGGGAAUUGUGGCUGCUGGUGUGUUAGUGUCCACUGGAUGGCAGCAUGACUCCUUUUAACUGAUUGGACGUGCUGCUGGCAGCAAACCUCAGAGCUGCUACGUUUUUAACGUGCAACAUAUGGAGUUGCACUGACUUUGACACUUAGUAAUAACAACUACUCACGCCCAUAAGAUGCACAUACUGCCAUAAAUGUGAAGGACAUGCAGGAUCUCCUCUAUGCAGCUGGUCAUAUACGUCACCUCUGCCAAACAAAUAUUACUAGUCCUUCACGCUGGAUGUCUUCCUUGACUUGAAGGCUGACCUUAUGUCUCCCCUCCUUCAUAGUGCCUUGAUGCGAGACAAUAACUCCAAUCUGCUGAUCCUGGUGGGGACAUUUUGUCUGAACACAGCACAAGAUGAUGCCUCUGAGUGCACAGAUAGGAUAUUCAAAGAGGCUCUCUAGGGCUCACUAUAACCUUUUCAUCAUUCACAAACAGACUGCACUUGACCUUACUCGGCCUUGUGAAACGAAUUCAUGGAUAUUUAUCACAACUAAUUGAAACAUUUUGGCACAGGCCAGAUAGGCCAGCUAAUUUGAAGUUCCACAGCAGCUGAUUGCUUAGUUAUUACCACACGGUUACUUUGACUCUUUUAAUCUGUUUCAAAACUGACUCAGAAAUGGAACAACUCUUAGAUAAAUGGAAAACGCAAAUGAAUCAAUAUGUUUUGGCAUCAGUUAGAAAUGAGUUUUUCACUGCUUUUCACUGUGCCUGCUUCUGGUUCUCACAGGCAUUAAAGGUUGUUUUUUUUUUUUUUUUGGUUUUUGUAUUCCAAUAAUUGCUCUGGUCGAUUUAUGUGUUUCUGUGAAAAUAUUUUUUUAAAUAAAUGUAAGAUGUGUGCAGUGUGUCAGCUUCCAGAGUGAUGCUGAGAUGUUUGCGUGUCGCCUGCAUCAGUAUG